AUGAUUCUCCCGUGGCGACCUUUUUCUCUCACACUUUCCAUUCUUUUCUCAAAACCUCUCACCUUUCUUCCUCCCACCUUCAAUCAUUUUGUUGUUCCUCUACCUCUUGAGGGUCCACCUGGGCCCGCAGUUCAAGAUCAUCUACAGGAUCAUCUGCAGGAACAUCGCAUUACAGGAGUCAAGGGUAUGGAAACAUUUAGUGGAAUAACUCAAGAUUUCAGAGGAAGAGUUGAGUGUUACAAACAUGAUUGGAUUUGUGCAAUCAAAAGUGGCCUCAGAAUAUUGGCCCCAACUUUCUACAUAUUCUUUGCUUCUGCACUUCCUGUCAUUGCUUUUGGAGAACAGCUCAAUAGAGAUACAGGUGGAAGCUUGAGCACAGUUGAAACAUUGGCAUCAACUGCUAUUUGUGGAAUUAUCCACUCAAUAUUUGGUGGUCAACCUUUGUUAAUUGUAGGAGUUGCUGAACCAACUUGUCUCAUGUACACCUAUCUAUACAAUUUUUGCGCAAAAACACCGGAGUUAGGUGCUCAGCUUUUCUUGGCUUGGGCUGCUUGGGUCUGUGUUUGGACAGCAUUGUUGCUGAUUCUACUGGCAAUUUUCAACGCGUGUACGAUUAUAAGUAGGUUUACUAGGAUUGCAGAAGAAUUAUUUGGCAUGCUAAUUACUGUGCUUUUCUUUCAACAGGCUGUAGAGGGACUCCUAACUGAGUUCAAGACACCAAAGGCUGCAGAUCCCUUGUUAGAGGAAUAUCAAUUUCAUUGGCGGUAUAUAAAUGGAUUACUUUCGGUCAUUUUCUUUUUCGGGUUAAUUUUCACUGCAUUGUUAAGCAGAAAAGCAAGAAAAUGGCGAUACGGAACAGGGGGCAUACGAGCCUUGGUUGCAGAUUAUGGUGUUCCAAUGAUGGUAGUGCUUUGGACUGUAAUAUCUUAUGCUGUGCCAGGCAAAGUUCCACCUACUGUUCCUAGAAGGUUGUUUUGUCCACUUCCUUGGGAUCCUGCAUCUUUCUACCAUUGGACAGUAAUGAAGGAUAUGGUAAAUGUACCAUUGCUGUAUAUCUACGGAGCAUUUAUUCCGGCAAUGAUGAUAGCAGGUUUAUACUUUUUUGAUCAUAGUGUAGCUUCCAAGAUGGCUCAACAGAAGGAGUUCAACCUUCAAAAACCAUCUGCAUACCACUAUGAUGUUUUUCUCCUUGGAAUAAUGACUUUGAUUUGCGGUCUUCUCGGUCUUCCUCCAUCAAAUGGAGUCCUUCCUCAGUCUCCUAUGCAUACAAAGAGUUUAGCAAUUCUUCGGAGGCAGAUGAUUCGAAAGAAGGUGGUGAAAGGUGCCAAGGAAUGCAUUAGGCACCAAGGGACGAACGCUGAAUUAUACGGAACGAUGCGCUCCGUUUUCAUAGAAAUGGAUGCAGUGCCUACGGCUAGAGAGUUGGAGAAUUUGAAGGAUGCUGUAAUGAAUACUAAUCCUGCUACAUCUCUUAUCAAAAGGAUACCUACCUCAGUUCUUUGGGGAUAUUUUGCUUACAUGGCAAUUGAUAGUCUUCCAGGGAAUCAAUUUUUUGAGAGAAUUUUGCUUCUUUUCAUCACCCCGAAAAGGCAGUACAAAGUUUUGGAAGGCACUCAUUCGUCGUUUGUGGAGACAGUACCAUUCAAGACAAUAGCUGGAUUUACAGCUUUACAGCUUCUAUACUUUUUUCUGUGCUAUGGUUUAACAUGGAUACCUAUUGGUGGAAUAUUGUUUCCAGUACCUUUCUUCCUUCUCAUAAUGCUAAGAGAGAAACUGCUUCCAAGAUUAUUCAAGGCAAGCCAUCUGCAGGAGUUAGAUGCUUCUGAGUAUGAGGAAAUAGUCGGUGCUCCGCUUGGACCCUACAAUAUACCACUGAUUGAUAAAGAUGCGCUUACUAGUGCUAACAGUGAUAGCGAAGAAGAAAAUGAUUAUGAUGCGGAGAUUUUGGAUGAGAUGACAACUCAUAGAGGAGAGUUGAAAUUUAGAACAAUAAACCAAAAUGAUAACAGAAACUUCAACCGUAGCUUCAACCGUAGCUUCACUUCUCGCUUCAACGAAGACAGAAACUCUCAGGCUUACCCUGACGAAACUAGCCGUAUAUGA